AUGCAGAAUGCGGAACAAUCCGGAUUAAAGAACCGGGACAAAUCUAGUAGAGGAAGUAGCAGUAGCAGCAGUGUGAAGAAAUCUUCGUCGCUGGUGAAUCAAUCGAAAUCGAAGCAGGCCCUGCCAAAGCAGCAGCAGCCUACUUCGUCAUCCAACGGUAGUGGUAGUGGUAAUAGUUGUGCUAGUGUUGGUGGAAGCAACCGCAGUAGUGGUAAUAGUGGUGGUAACGGAGUUUCAGUGGGUAGUGGAACUGCUGCUCCCAAAGGGAAAAAUCCGAAACAGCAGCAGAAUAAUUCGUGUCGUGUUCAGCAACCGGAAGUCGAAGUAACGACCGGAAGUGCAAAUUCCAACAAUAAUCGUGAAGUGGCAAAUAAUGCAAAGUCGGCAGCAAUGUCCACAGUAGCAGCAGCUUCGGCUUCGACAGGAAGUAACCAGAACUCCAGCUCCUCCGGAACGGCAGCGGCGACUAGUGCCGGUGGGGGAGGUGGUGGAGCAGGAGGAAGACAAACCAACAGCCAGCACUCGUCCCCGGCCAAGUCCGAUACAGAGACGACCUUUUCCGAGUUUCAGCCCCGUGUGUCGGACUCUUCGGAAUCGGACGAGGAAUCGGUAUCAGAGGUAAAACAAAAAUAUUUGCAGCUCAUUUUCAUUGAUAACAAUCCUGGUUUUACGGCUUGA